UGGGAUUCCUCAUUUACUUAAGGGCUUGGCUGGGUCGCUUGUACCAGCGAGUCGCAACCAGAGCAACUCCCUCGCCUCCUUUGUUCUGCCCUCAGGCUACGGCGGGGCUUUCCAACAUGUUCAAGGGCGCCGCUCUUUUCUUGCUUCUCCUCUUCACUGCUUCCAUCUUCGCCUUCCCCUUUCCCCAACGGCAGGUGUUACGCCGCCUUGCGCCUCAGCUCCGGGACCCUGUGCACGGAGAAACGAACGCGAAGCGACUCGCGAGGGGCUUGCCUCUUUUACCGCCAGCUAGGAGGUGGGAUAUUGAAGCUUCACGAACUGAGACUGCCAAAAGGGCAGAGGGCAGCGACACAUACGUCUGGAGCGGAAGAAUUCGAGUAAAUUCCGCGAAUAAUGGAAGCUUACUUGGAUACCUCGCGCUGAGCUCCGGCUCCACUGGCAAUCGGUACACAGUAGAUCGGGAGGGCGAUCUUUUCUCGACCUCAUUUCAUCAAAAUGGCAUCAGUCAUAGCGCAAGCUUCCGGAGUGGUACAAACACUUCGAGUGCUUAUCCCUAUUUGGCAGGUCUCAUCGAUCCGGGGGUUGAACUCGGUAAGGGGAAGGGGAACUAUGCUAUUUUGGGAUCUUCAGUGCAAACCCAAGCCAAUGACACCCCUAAGUCUGGUGGCGCAGUUUCCGUUGAUAACAAGCACUAUGAGACGGCGAUUUGGGAUUACGAUCCUACAACUAAGAAUAUCACGGCCAAUUGGGUGGAUAGUAAUCACACGAGCCUAACGCUAUCAAUCGUGUGGAAAUAUUGGGAGGACCAGGUUAUCUAUCUCACGAUAAAUCCGUCGGGCAUCUUGGCUACUUAUCGUUACGAUGUGACUCUCUCUGCCUAUGGCUAUGCUUUUAGACAUUGACUGUUUUCUUGCACCUAUAUGCACCUCA